GUGUGAUUUAGCGCACACACAGCGGAGCACGGGUCAGCUUCCUAUCUGAACAGUUUGGUGUAGUCCAGCUCUUCUGGCUCCCACAACCGACCCUCAGCACCCGCCCACUGACGUCAGUGUACCUGAGGAUCUGCCCCCCUCGUCCCCCCCUGUCCCCAGAUGUAGAGGGAGUUGACAUCUGCAGCAGCCGUGUACACAACCUUUGUGCUGUCGAGUGAAGUUACCCACCAUGCGCGAGUACAAGCUAGUGGUGCUGGGAUCAGGAGGCGUGGGAAAAUCUGCACUGACAGUCCAAUUUGUGCAAGGCAUUUUUGUGGAGAAGUACGACCCCACAAUAGAAGACUCCUACAGAAAGCAAGUCGAGGUCGACGGGCAGCAAUGUAUGCUUGAAAUCUUGGACACGGCUGGAACAGAACAGUUCACAGCUAUGAGGGACCUGUACAUGAAGAAUGGUCAAGGCUUUGCCCUGGUGUACUCCAUUACAGCACAGUCAACAUUUAAUGACCUACAGGACCUCCGGGAACAGAUCCUGCGAGUAAAGGACACCGAGGACGUUCCCAUGAUCCUGGUGGGCAACAAGUGUGACCUGGAGGACGAGCGUGUGGUUGGGAAGGAGCAGGGUCAGAAUCUGGCCCGUCAGUGGAACAACUGUGCCUUUUUAGAGACUUCAGCUAAAUCAAAGAUCAAUGUUAAUGAGAUUUUCUAUGAUCUGGUGCGACAGAUCAACAGAAAAACGCCGAUGGAAAAGAAGAAGACAAAAAAGAAGUCGAGUUGCACACUGCUCUAAAAAAACCGACAAAAAAAGCCCUCCCACAGCAGCUCCAGGCCAGAAACUUGUAAUGAUUAACUGUUCCCAGCGGAUCGUGCCAGCAUUCCCAGUCCUCUCCAGAACAUUUUGAGAAAAGGAAAAAAAAAAAGGCUGACGGAGAUACUUCACCACUCGCAAAAUGGCAGGAGACGGCACAUAACUCAAAAUACUCUUCUGUGCUUUUUUUUAAAUGGCAAAGAAAUCCACCUUUAUUUUAAUUUUUUCCUUAUAUCGUCAGCCUGAUGACAGCUUUUUUUUUUUUUUUUUUUUUUUUUUCUUCUUCUUCUCCAAGGUGUCUUUUGGAUCAAUAUCAAUGUUUAAAGAAGAGGCCAUGGGUUUAAAUCCAUAAUACUGUACGGGAGCUUAAACAUGUUUUUUAUUAUUACUUAAAAAAAAAUAACAUCAAUCUUUUGGCAUAUUGUGACGAUACGUUUGCAAAUGAAAACCAUGUGAAAAUGUUGGCCUUUCUCUUACAUCUCUGCACUAACAGUGUCAACGAAGAUGCAUCAUUGUCCAUAAGUUACUCGCUCCUACUUACAAAAAAAAGGAUGUGUAUUGACGAGAUAACAUCUUUCCUAAGUGACUUUGUUUUAUAUUGAGAGCUGCGCAAGCCUUCCAUAUUUCCCAUAAUAUAUUCUACUUCCAUUUUUUGCAUAAUAAAGCUAAGGAAAUUAGUAUUUUAUAGACUGAUGGGGGGAAUAUGGUGCGUUCUGAUUUGUGUCUUGAGGCUGAAAAUAUAUUGUACUAAACCAACUCUAAUAUUGCUUCUUGUGUUACCCUGUCACAGAUGAUUUUCCAGCUUUUAUGAAUGAUUAAAUUUUAGUACAUUUUCA